UUGUGGAAUUUUCUAGAAAACUCAAGUACGAGAUCUGAAGAAUUCUUUGUGUGAAAUCGACGGCCAAUCGACGCGUCCGAUACUCUUCGCCGCACAACAAUGAAAUAUCGCCCCAAAGGUGUCGAUUUGCAAUUCUGUCCCGUCGACAGCUUGAAUCGCCCAUUACACACGCCAUAGCAGCUUUCGUCUCAUUUCGUAUCGUGCAGCGUUGUGAGUACGGAGUACGGAGAACGGUGUUCGUUUGCUCUCAACGAAGCUGUUCUUCGGAAGUGUUAACUCUGCGUUUGCUGAUCAUUUUGGUAUCAUCCUUAUGCUGAGAAGCCACAGAAAGUAAGGAAGCAACGUUUUCGGCCGAUAAUCAAACAUUGAGAUUUUUUUGGCAACUUUACAGGAAAUACGUCUGAACUGUUACUUGUAACGAUUAUCCCACGACAAGUUCAUAGUGGGAGAUCGUCGAAACAGUAUGGGAAGGACCCGUCGCUUUCCUGUUUGUGAUUUUUGCACCAAGAAAUAACAGGAAAGCUCCCACUCCAAGACUGAUAUAAUUGUCGUCGAUAUUUCUGUUGAUCUUUCUCACGUGUAAUAAUACGAUACCUAGGAUCAAUUUCUUUUCACACCUGCACCGAGUUACACCGUAGCUCAAACGAAGCCGACAUAUUUCUAAUACUUGAUGGAAGAGAGAAAAAAAUAAAGAUUACAAGUUAUAGUUCGGAAAAUACAAAAAGCAGAUCCUUAUGCUCCGAACGAAAUCAGGGCAUUUAAUAUAUUCCGUCAAUGUAAAUUCAAAUUUGGUCUAACAAUUAUUGCUUCAUUUGCAAGAGGCUUAAGAAGGUAGGAAAAAUAGAGGAAGAAGAAAAAUGGCGAGGAAACAUAUGGGAAAUACAAAGGAAAUUUCCUAUAUAAAUAUAUAUGUGGAAUGUCUUUAUGAGCUGACAAUUGUAAUCAACUAAUACAAUGGAAGGACCAUUAGAAGUGAAACAUUCUAUCGCGGGUACGGAAGAACGCAUAAAGUCGGAGACAUCUAUACAAAAUUCAGAUAGUAGCGAGCGAAACGACGGUGUGGCCUCGCCGCCUCCUAAUUGCAGCAUUUGUCUGGGGAAAUUAGUUAACAAGUCCUUUACGGACAGUUGCCUGCACCAAUUUUGUUUUACCUGCUUACUUAAGUGGUCCAAAAUAAAAACAGAAUGUCCGCUGUGUAAGCAAACCUUCAAAUCGAUCAUACACAACGUAAGAUCCGAGGAAGAUUAUGAUCAGUAUCAUGUACCUCCUGAAUUGGCACAAAUUCCUCAACCCCAUGGCAUGGCUACUUUGGAUGACUUGGAUGUUGGCAGAUGGGACGAUGUACCUCGACUUAUUUACAGAGCGAUGACCGGCCAUCAUCGACACCAUCAUGGGACAUUGUUAAAUCCGGAGCAGGUCGCUAGACGCGAACAGCUGCCCAGCUUGGCACCUCAAGUGACUAGAGAAGAACUUAGACGUAGACGCGAGAACCCUUUGGAAUACCGACGCACUGUAUAUAGACAUGGAAUGUGGGCUGUCCCAUUACCUGACAUAUUCGGUCGCUUUCGCGAAUGUAGCGCUGAAUAUUACAGGAGACACCCAAGGGAACUAGAACGUCUUGUACCGUGGUUGACCAGAGAACUCCAAGUGUUACUUGACUUCAGCACGCUCGUGACGUGCGUGUUGAAUAUAAUAAAGAACGUUUUAACGCAAUGCGACAUUAGAAGCUCGGAAUUCCACAGUGUCAUGCGACCCCACUUCAAUAUACACACGGAUCACUUCAUACACGAACUGUUGAACUUCGCCCAAUCCAAUUUCGACGUGAUCGGAUACGACCAGACCGUUGCUUACUUACCAUGUGUAGUCGGCGCGCUUUUCGCAGGUUUAGCAAACGAACUCGCGCCACGACCUUAUGUCCCACCGACAUCGCCUACGUCCAGUAGUAUUAGUAGUAACAGUAAUACCAGUCUUGCUACUGAUAACUCAGAUAUACGAAUACUGGAUGAAGCGAUCGACUUACGAGUGAACAACUUGAUGCCGAAUGUCCUACCAUUCCCUGCGAGUCAACCAGGACCCAGUACGGUAGGACAGCUGCUGCGCUCGUUAGAUCCGUCUUACGAAGUACCGGAACUUUUGGUUCUCUCGUCAAAUUCCUCUGAUACGGACGGCGACUGUGAGAUAAUCGGUUACGUAAAACCACGUCACGAAAGGACACCGGAAGUCAUCGAGUUGCUUUCGUCUGAUACCGAGCAAGCAGCUCCCCCCGUUCCAUCUAAUGAGAAUGCACCAUCGACCUCGGAAGAACAGUUUUCGGAGAAUUUUUCAUUGCCAAGUACGUCUUACGCUACUGUGGAACGAUUGCUCGACUCGUCAUCCUCAUCGACGACAAGUGUAGGUGAUAAUUCUGACAGCGAUUACAAUCCCAGACAAAAUAAACGAUCGAAUCACUCGAAAAAAGCGUCCGGUAGGAAGCUCUUCGGAAGAGUACAUAAAAAAUCUACCAAGUCCAGGAGCCAUAACAAGCGAUCUAGGAAUUCGUACAGUUCCGAGGAGAGUGAUUUUAAGAAGAGGGGCAGUGCGAAGGUCGCGAAAACUAGGAAGUACACUUCCAGUGAUUCCAGCUCGUCGGAAAAUUCGCUGGCGAAAUGCGACGAAAAACGAUCGACGAAGGAGAGAUACAGCGCCAAAGAACGGAUGAAGUUCACCGAUAAGGAAGGAGGAACCUAUCCGAACGUACAUUCGUUCGACGACGAUAGUAGUAGCACGGAGACCAAGUGUGUUAAACGGUAUAUAUUGAAAAGGAAACGUUCCUUCAGUUCAAGUGAUUACACAGUGAAGAGUGGGAGGAUAACGAGGAAGGAGAACAAAGAGAGAACUUCAACCCAGGGAAAACCGACGUCUAACAGUAAAGAUCGCAAGCGUAGUGAAAACAGACAAUCCAGAUCCAGAAGUACCAGCUUGUCCUCUAACGUCUCUGAAGAAAGUAAGGCGCUGAACUACAGCUACUACGAGUCACGAGACACGGGCGAGUACAGAAGUCAAGACGACAGUGCCUCGAUGAGCAAAGUUACACAGACAAGGAGGCAACCUGAGUCCAGAUCAAAAAGCAAACUAUGUUAUUCCUCGGAUUCGGGGGACGAUCGUUUGAGAUCGAGCAGCCAGUGUAGCAAUCGCUCCAACAAAUCCUACCCAUACUGGAGACGAUCGAAACACAAGGACAGAUACAAAGACAAGGACCGAAAUCGAUACAGUAGCAGAAUAUGCAGUUUAUCGCGAACGGGUUUGAGUCUGACUAUAAUGUCUACGAAGAACGAUGUGUAUCCGACUAAACAUUCCGACUGCGUGGAGAGCCACAAGUCAUCGCGCUCGGCUUAUAAGGAAUCGAAGCACAGAAAGUCCCAAAGCGAAAAGAAGUUGAGAUCAAAAAAGAGGAGGCGACGUCUACGAACUCUCUCUACUUCAGAGUCCGAAUAAUAUCACUUAUAUAUUAGCCCAUAUAUUGUAUAAUAAAUUUUGAUUUGAAGAUGUCAACGGUGUCUCAGAAAUUCAGCGUAAUGUGAGAGUUGAUAAUUUUUUAAGCGAUCAAGUUAAUUUCCUACAAAUUUGUAUCAUUUUUGUUCACAUAGUUCCAUCGUAAUAUUAAGUCUGUUCCGUAAAUACAGCCGUCAUAAAUUCGUGACACAAAUCACAUGAUGUUUUAUGCAUGUAUUUAUUAGAGUUACCUUUCUCAAAGAGGACGAACGUUUAUAUUUUAAUAUAUUCGCUUGCAGAAACAAUAUCAAUGGUAUUCAGAAAAUUAUGUUCUCAGAAGGAAAAUGUGACUAUUAUAUAAUAAAAUGUACGUUAGAAAUUUGGCGUAAAAUAUUGUCGUAAUAUGAUAUUUCGUGAAAAAAAAAAUGAUUACAAUAUAAUGCAGUGUGAAAGAUAGUAUAUAUUGUUAUACGCUACCUUUUACUGGGAUAUAAUUUUUUGACG